AUGCCCGGGAUGGGCAACUCUUUACGCGCGGCUGCCCUCCUGGCUUUCGUGGUUCUUUCUAUUCUGGUGUCACUCUUGAUAAGCAGCGUGCAGCAGUUUGGAGCGAGGAUAUCUCACUUUUCCAAUGCAACUGUUGCUGGUGAUGAGGAGGAGUUCGCAUCGCUCCGCGGGGCGUUGAUUUACCAACUCAACGAGAGGCGCAAAGAAAUUAUUCCACUGCUUUUACCUGAUCAUGAUGAUGAUGAAAACGGACUAUCCGGGUACAGUCGACAUUCUCUCCAACAUGAUCAAACGCUAGACUCGAUUUUGGAUUACAAUCUGUGGAAUGAGAUCACGCAUGGCUCCAGAAAAGCGCAUAUGGAUGAAAUGGAUUGUGACUCUCUGGUGGACAUGCAGGCGAUGGAGAUCCUCGGGUCAGGAUACACCAAACUGGUUGUCAAAGUGAAUCUAGCCGGAGGUCAGCCUGUGGCCUUAAAACUCGUCAAUGAGCAGGGGAUAGACAUGGGAAAGUGUGUGGAGGAUUUUAAAGACCCUCGAGGCUGCCGUGAGCUCGUUUCUUACAAAUUAAAGAAAGAAAUAGUUCUGUUGCAGAGGCUGAGGCAUCCAAACGUCAUCAAGCUCAAAGGUCACUGUGCAGGAGAUGUAGGAGGAAGAGGAGGAGAAGGGGGAAGAGUCGCAGUCAUUCUGGAGCAGGGGAAUCCUCUCCAGAUGAUCCAGCUGCUCCAAAGUCCCUGGGAGGACAGAUUCAGGGUGUGUCUGGACCUGGUUAGGCUCCUCCACUUCCUCUCCCAGUCUCCUCUGGGCUCCGUGACUCUGCUGGACUUCCAGCCCCGGCAGUUUGUCACCGUGUCCGGUGAGCUGAAGCUCACAGACCUGGACGACGCCACUGCCGAGGAGACCUCAUGCCAGAUGGACGCAGACUGCACCCUCCAGUUUCCACACAGAAAUUUCACUCUGCCCUGCUCGACCCAGGGAGUGUGUGAGGGCUUGAAUGAGAAGAGGAACAUUUACAAUGCCUAUAGGUAUUUUUUCACCUACCUGCUGCCUCACCAGGCCCCGCCCGGCUUCACCCACCUGGUAGACCACAUCAUGAACUCCACAGGGGAGUUGAAAGCUGACAUCAAUCAAACGCUGGAGGCCUUUGAACACAUCCUCCUCCUCUACAAGUCUGGCCUGCACCUGGACAACCUGCCUCCAUCAAUAAUCAGAGAUUACACUGUGAUGCGAGGUAUGGGGACCUCUGGGAACACAGAGUACCGCUGCUGGCCUUCCUACAGCCAGCAGGGCUGUGUGCUGUCAGUCCACAGCGGCAGAGAAGCAGCUUACAUCUGUAACUCCCAUUCUCAAUGCAACAGCUUCACUCUGACCGGACAAAAGACAUGGACGGGUCGCCUCCUGGCCUCUUUUAGGAGCAGCUUCAGUCAUCUGGUGCCCGAUGGGAUAUCAGAGGUGUAUGUGAAGAAAACCAAAGCUCCUGAAACUUCCACAGUAUGACACAAGGACCAAACAGAACAAUCCUGUUUCACUCGAUAUGGAGUUGUUACAAAGUGGGAUGAGAAAAAUCACACAAAAAUGUUGCGCUUACGAUGAGAACUGCGCCCUCCUCAUGAACAUGUUGAACGCUGCUCGGCUCUGUGGAUUUGCAGGAGGAGCGUAGAGGCCGGGCUGAGGAGGCGUUUGAAGUGAAGCAAGUGAAUGUGAUGUAUUUAUAGGGCUUCUGCUCAGUGACUGUUUGAUCUGCCUGCCAGCUCACUGCCUCUGCCAACUACUAUUUAAAGGGAUUUCCCUUCAGGUACAAUUAAGGAGGGAGAGCCUUGUGCCCCCGACAUGUUUUUUUUUUUCUACCUUGUCUUUAUUUGCCAUGUGUGUUGGCUUUUGUUGUGAGGCCGGGUCCCCAAAGUAGGAUUUUUAAGCCAAAGAGGUAAUAAGAACAGCCGCUGCAGCUCAGCAUUUGAAGCCUGAGGACGAGAAAAGAAAACAAGCUCUUAUACAAAUACACUUUGAUGGUAAUGCGCUGAGGUUGCGGCUGUUUUUUCAUGGUUCUCUGGCUUAGCUGUGCUGUGGUAUGAGAUGGCAACAACCAUGUAAGCAUUUCCACAUCAACAAAGAGCAAAGAUGAUUAAAACCAUUCCAGAGAAGUCUGUUUCUACAUACUUUUGUAAACUUAGUUUAUAUUGCUUAGCUCAUAAAUAUUUAUAUGAUCAAAUGAAAUGUAAUUGUUCUUACAUGAUUGUGCAUUAUAGCUUACGUGCACCUUGUGGGUGAAACUUUUAUUUUCAAUGAAAAAUUAUUCACUUCAGUGUUUUUUUUAUACUUCACUUAUUGUAAUUGUACAGUUUUACACUUUUGUAAUUAUAAAUGUAUUGUUUCUA